UUCAUUUUGAGAAAAAGAGGAUCUGGCGUGUGAACUGCCAGUACAAAACAAAAUCAUGAAGUGGUGUCUUUUUCUUUUGUUUAUUUUUCUUUUGAGUCGGCGUUUUAUACCCACAUUAACGUUACACUUUCUUCUCGACCACCCACGGGACUCGUAAUGCGACACAUCAGAAACCGUGGCUCGUUUGGAAACGAAGGCGAAACCGGAUGUUGGAUGCGGACGGGGAAAGGUUUGGGUGGAAACGGGGUUUUUUUCCUCUUUUUCUUGCAAUGUCUAUUUCUAUCUUCUCUUACCCUUUUCUUUCUCAAUGUCUUUCCUUUCUCAUGUUUCACUAGUUCUUGUAUCAACUUUACAUGUCUUGUAUUCUGCGUUCGGCAGCUACGGCAGAGGACAGGCCGCUACUGGAGAAUGGCAACGGAAGGAGGGAACAGGACAAAAAAGGCGGGGGAAGAUGGAAAGGGGUACUUUUUUACGAAUUUUAUGCAUGGCGAGGAACGGAGAGAAGAUGGACGGACGGAUGGAGGCUGUGGACCCAGAAGGAGAUGUAUCUACAAGCAGCAAUGGAACAUCCAAGUGGGCGGAGUUGGGGAUGUUGGAACUACCUACCUCUAGAGAAUGAAGACGGUCCAAUUGAUCAUGAUAUGGAUACUACCGUACCACCGAGUCCGAUAAUUAAUUGAGCUUGUUGGCUGCCUCCCAAUUUGCGGGUCUCGUUCGCCAAUUUCCAAUCUUCAUGAUGGAGGAAAAUCCGAGAUUAUCGAAAU